AUGACUAAUGUUACUCAAUUCGAAGAUUUAUCAAAUGAUAUAUUUUUGGAAAUAUUCGAUUAUUUAGAUGCAGUUAAUAUAUUUUUUGCAUUUACUUCACUUAACUCACGUAUAUCAUCAAUUCUAAAUUUAAUAAAUCUUCAUGUAAACAUUCGUUCUACUCAUUAUCAUCAUCAAGUUAAAUUUUUAUCUAAUCAUUUGAAAUUUCAUUCUGAUCAAGUUAUUUCAUUAAAAAUUUAUGAUGAAAUUUGUGAUCAAGACAAUGUUAUUAUAUAUUUAUUUAAUCGACAUAAUUUUAUAAAUCUUUAUUCUUGCAUAUUUUAUUCAAUUAAAUCAUCACCUGAAUUAAAUAUCGUUCAUAAAAAAUUAUCAAAAUUAACUAAGCUCGUUUUGUUUCGUAUAAAUCAAUCCCGUGUUAUUGAACAAGAUAAACUAAAUACAUCUGAUGCACAUAAAUUUAGUCAAUGGAUUUUAGUAGAUACACCAUUAACAUUACGAUCAACUGCACUUUUUUUUCAUUAUAAUCAUUCACAAAUAGCAAAAGCAUUGAUAAUUACAACAAAUCUUGCACAUCUACAAAUAAUUUUUUAUGGUACAUUCAAUGAUAUAUCGAUUUAUUCGCUUAUUCCUUUACUUCGUAUUCAUCGUACAUUACGAUCUCUUUGUGUAACAAUCAGAAAUACAAAGCAUCCAACGAUUUAUUUUAUAGAUGUUCCUGAUCUUCCAAUUAUUAAAGAAGAUGAUCUUCCUAAAUCAACAUUAUUAAAAUCAUUUGAUCUACAAAUAAUAAUGGCUCGAUGUGAUAUUCAUUCAAUUGGUCUUAUUCUUCGUUGUAUGCCUAAUCUUCAUCGAUUUAUUUUUACACUUAUUGGUGAUCAAAAUAUUUUUCCAUUUACUAUGGAUUUAAUUAAUGGACAAAAUUGGUACGAAAUGUUAACAAAUCAUGUACCUUAUUUAAAUAAAUUUGAUUUUCAUAUAUCGGGCAUAGUAAAUGGUGAAUCAAUAGAUUUAGAUAAUAUACUUAAUUCAUUCAAAUGUUUUCUCAAUUUGUAUCAUAACUGGAAUAUGUGUAUCACUCGAUGGAAAUUUAUGCCGAAAAUUCUAUCACCACCAAUGUUUCCAUAUGAACAUAUUCAUUUAUGGACAUUCAGUUAUAACCAUUUGACAGUACGACAUGAAUAUGAUAUGGCAACAAUUAUAAUUAGUGAUACAGUUGAUAUGCGAUCAACAAACAUAUUCAAUCUUAAUAAUUUCAAUCAUCCUUUUUAUGGCAACAAACUUUAUUUUUUUAUGACUAAAGAAACAAUGACAAUAGAAUCUCAACUAACUACUAUUUUUCCAUUUCAAAAUAUCACCUAUAUUGUAUGUCAUUUGGAUUAUACGACACCAGGAAUUCUAUCACUUUUCGAAGAUACUAUGAUACAAUUAAAGCUAUAUUUAUCUUUAUCUCGAAAAAAUAAUGAUGAUUCACAAAAAUAUGUUGAUGAUCUUUCACAUCUUGUUAACUUGUCUAAAAUUAAUACUUUAAAGUUUUCACGAAACAAUAAAAUAACAAGAAAACAUGUUAUUGAAUCUGUUUUAUUGGCAUGUCCAAGUGUCACAGAACUUAUUAUUGAUUCUUCACUAUUUUUCUCAUAUACAAUAUUAAAUAAUCAUGAAUUAACUCUUAUUUUUAAUCGACUAAAAAAACUUCGUAUAUUAGCAGAUCAUGAGUACUUUCAUUCAAAAUAUGCAUCAACUAUUGUUCAACUUUUUUCAUGUUUGACUCUUAUCGAAAUCGAAGUCUAUUCAAUUUAUAGUGCAAUACCUAUUGUUGAUAUUUUUCUAGCUGGACUUGCUAAAUUACGUUUUAUUAUGAUACACUUAAGACAUCGCUCUCUAUUACGCAAUCCAUUUACUCGCAAUUAUGUCAUAAAAAAACGACGUCAAUCAUAUGGUUUAAGCAUAAACGAUGAAAAUAAUGUUAUUGUCAAAGUCGAACAUAAAAUAAUACAUAUUCAUCUUGCGUAG